AUGCCAAGCGCAGCCCAGAAGGAUGAGCUCUUUGAGCUUGUAUCGUCGAUUCAUACCUCAGCGGCGGACAUAACGAAAUUUUGCGACACCCGUCGGCUUCCACGACCGUCCACUUCGGCUCCCGCCCCUGACCUUGACCUAAGUCAUGAAAAUGCACCAUAUUUCGAUGCAAAGGCCUCUAUUCUUGACGCCGCGGAGCAGCUCAUCCGCCUUAUCCGGGGUCCAAGGGAGCAGUUGCUGGCAUUGAGUUUCGAACACUGUGCCACGGCCUCUCUUCAGCUGAUCCUGAAGUACAAGCUCGCAAACCAUAUCCCGCUCAAGGGUACAACCACGUAUGCGGCGAUCUCUCGAGCUGUAGGCAAAUCUGAGAUCCAGACGGCUCUUGUUGCGCGUAUCCUUGAGCAUGCCACGUCUUACGGCCUAUUCAAUGUUCGACCCGGUGGCUUAGUAGCACACAACCCCACAUCUGCGCUCUUGGUCUCCGACCCUGACCUGGAGGCUUGGAUGGAUUUAAGUGCAACCAUUGCGUAUCCCGCCGGCGCCUCCAUUCCGAAGGCUCUGGAGCAGUAUGGCUACAGCAUGGAGGCUGACGAGGCUGCUUAUGGAGUGUCCAUCGGUCGCAAAAUCUCCCAAUUCCAGAGAUUUCGCGAGGCCGACGGAACUCAAUUACAUGAGAUGUUCGCCCGUGCGAUGCGCGGAAUUGCCGCAGGAGGUGCCUACGAUUUACGCCACGCAGUGAACGGCGGGUAUCCCUGGCACAAGCUGGAUCAGUCCGGGCAUCUCAUCGUUGACGUCGGCGGUGGUCCGGGUCAUGUGUCAAUCGCGCUGGCCGAGAUGUACCGCAAGCUCCGGUUUGAGGUUCAGGACUUGCCGGAGACUGUAGCCAUUGGCGAAAAGUCUUGCCCAGAGGCUCUAAAGUCCCGCAUCAUCUACAGACCCCACGACUUCAUGACGCCGCAGCCGCCUCACGAUGUGGCUGACAACGAGGGCAUUGCCUAUUUCUGUCGCUUCAUCCUCCAUGACUGGAGUGACAAGUAUGCGCGGAACAUCUUGCAAGGCAUUGCGUCUGCUCUGCGGCCAGAAGACCGCAUCAUUGUCAACGAGGUCGUGGUUCCAGAACCUGGAACGGAAAGCUGCGAGAGAGAACGCCGGAUGCAUGACCGUGAUAUGUUAAUGCUCAUUAAUCUGAACGGCCGCGAGAGAACCAGAGCAGCAUUCGAAGAAUUGUACAGCUCUGUGACACCCAAGUUGAAAGUGCAUAAGAUUCAUCGUCCAGACCAAGGCGAGCUUUCGCUAAUUGAGGUCAUACGGUUUGAUUCUUCAUUGUAA